AAAUGAUUAAAAAUCAAGAGAAGCCCCAUGAUGACUGGCCAACAUUCUACGUGACAGUUAAAGGACAAGCAAGAUCCUACGAAGAAGGCAUGAAAAAAAUUGCUACUUUAGAAACUGAAGCUUAUGCGUUCUCUAAUACUGAAGUUCCACCUGAAAAAUUAACGGCGCGAAUUGAACAAAAUAAGCGUCAACAACAAUUACAAUCGGAAGCCCUCAGUAUGAUGUCUCACAUGCAGUUGGCAAUUGAUUCUUCAAAUAUAAAGGACUGUAACAUUGAGACCUCAACUGAAGGUGAAUACGAACAAUCUGAUGAUGAAAGAAGUAAUGAUUUUGCAAGUAAGAAGAGAAAAUCGUCCAAGUCUCAAAAAUUUACUAAAAAAUCUAAGACUACAGAUGUUCAUAUGCAUAGUAAUACUCCGAUUAAAUUGUUAAGUUAUGACCAGAACCCACGGAUAUUAAGUGAUGAAUUUAUUAAAAAAUCUAAGACUACAGUUGAUAUGCAAAGUAAUAAUCACAUUAAAUUGUUAAGUUAUGACCAGAAGUCACAGAUAUCAAGUGAUAAAGAAAAUAAGGAUAUCAAUUUUAGUUAUUCUGAUAUUCCUGACCAAGUACUAACACGCGAAGAGUUUUAUUUAUUUGAAAAAAAAAAAUGAUGCUAAAUUAAAUGAAAUAUUAAAUAAUCAAAACCGAAUCAUUCAAUUAUUAGAGUUCGUUAAAGAAACUAAAAUCAAAGAGGAAGUUUCGGUCGUUCCAAUUGCCGAAAAAUACAAUACAAAAUUUCCUUUUGAAACUAAAGAAGAAUUUGAGAAUUUCGAUAAACGUCUUAUAAU